AUGGCGGCCCAGAUAAUGUACGGCUCGCGUUGUUUACGGCUCGCGCUACGGCAGGACCGGCCGCUGGCUGCGACCCGCCAGACACAUAAACACCGCUCUCGCCAGACCCAGAGGCGGCUGCUGCCUGCAGACCCGCAUUACAGGAACACGGCGGCUUGCCCGUCCUCACCCACUGUUAAUAUAGUGGCCAAGAACGGGCCGAGGUGGGGCACCGCAGACCCGGAGGCGCGCUACGGCAUCGCAGCCGGCAACGUGGGCGGCGCCUUCUCGGUGGACGCGGAGACGGGCGACGUGCGCGUGGCCAAGCCGCUCGACUUCGAAACCCGCAGCAGGUACGAGCUGGUGCUGGCGGCGGUGUCCUCGGAGGGCCGCGUGGUGGGGCAGGCGACGCUGCUGGUGCGGGUGCGCGACGCCAACGACCUGGCGCCAGCGUUCGAGCAGCCCGUGUACCGCGCCACCGUCCAGGAGGAGGACUCCACGCACCUGCCGCGCAGAAUACUCACGGUAAAGGCGGUGGACGGAGACACGGAGAGGCCGCAGGAAGUGGUCUACUUCAUCACCGGGCCCGGAGUCAACCCCGACAACCCGUCGGCUGGCAACUUUCGCAUCGACCCGAACACAGGGGACAUAUUUCUUCUCAGGGCGCUGGACCGCGAUCCACCGGACGGGAGACCGCACUGGCGCUUCACGGCUUUCGCUCAGGACGAGGCGGGCCAGGGACUGGUGGGGUAUGCCGACGUCCACAUCGCCGUCACAGACGUCAACGACAACGCGCCCGUCUUCCCGCAAGCGCUCUACUGGGGCUCCGUGACUGAGAACAGCUCAUCCGGGGAGAUAGUAGCCAACUUGACAGCUACUGAUAAUGAUGAUCCAGAUGAAGGAACUAAUGCAAAGAUAACAUACACUAUUGAGAAGAACGUCAUUGAAGAAGACAGUGGAAAACCAAUAUUUGAGAUUGAUCCUGACACUGGUUUCAUCAGGACAGCCAUAUGCUGCCUUGAUCGUGAACGUACUGCUGAGUACUCGAUUCAGGUUGUAGCUGUGGAUGGUGGAGGACUGAAAGGCACAGGUACAGUUUCCAUCUUGGUCAAAGAUGUCAAUGACAUGCCACCAGAGUUUACAAAGGCAGAAUGGAUUACUGAAGUUGACGAAACGGAAGGAUUAACUGUGCCAGAAGACACAAUUCUAACUGUUACUGUUCAUGAUCAGGAUGAAGUAAGCUCUUUGCAAUACAAGGUUGUUGAGAAUAGUGGCUAUGGCUCUGACAAAUUUGUACUGAUUCCAAAUUUUGAUGGAAGCGCAGCACUGAAAGCCAUUAAGCCAUUAGACUAUGAAGAAGGGAAAUAUAAUAAUUAUUUUAGGUUCAAAAUACAAGUUACUGACAAGGACACAAAUAAUGAUACUGAUGAGUAUCAUACCAGAUAUUCGUGGGUUGUGAUAAAACUACGAGAUAUAAAUGACAAUCAACCAACAUUUGAGCACAGUAUACGUGAAGUUUCUGUUGAAGAGAACACAGACGUUAAUACAUCUUUAGCUACAUUUAGGGCAACAGAUGCUGAUAAAGGAGGGAAAAGUAAAGUUAGUUACCAGAUUCAGCGCUCCUCUGAUACCAGGAAAUAUUUCCGGAUAGACCAACAGGGGACAGUCUAUCUACAACGUAACCUUGAUAGAGAAACAACACCUAGACAUGAGGUACAAAUUUUGGCAGUUGAUGAUGGAUUUCCACCAAAAACUUCAACGGCAACUUUGAUUAUACUAGUUAAAGAUAUAAAUGACAAUGCCCCUGUAUUCCAGCACAAUUAUCAGCCUGUUGUACAAGAAAAUGCUUCUCCAGGAAUAAUUUUAGAAAUUUUUGCAAGUGAUGAAGAUGACAGUCAUAUUGGAAAUGGGCCACCUUACACUUUUAAAAUGGCAGAUGAUGCAGAUGAUGCUAUAAAAUCUUCAUUUCUCAUUGAAAAUAUUCACAGUGGUGCUAAUGGAAAUGGCUCAGCUGUUGUAUCAUCUCUGCUGUCAUUUGACAGAGAAUCACAAAAGAAAUAUCUAAUUCCUGUAGUCAUUAAGGACUCAGGUAAUCCUGUAAUGUCAGGAACAUCGACUCUCACUAUCACAGUUGGUGAUGAGAACGAUAAUUCUAUGGCUCCUGGAAACAAAGAGAUAGUUGUUUAUAAUUAUAUGGUACAUACUUCAGAAGCUGAAAUUGGCAGAGUCUUUGUUGAUGAUGCAGAUGAUUGGGACUUUCCUGAUAAAAGGUUCUUUUGGCAUGGACAUCAGCCUGAUAAAUUUAUACUUGAUGAGAAAUCAGGAAUGAUAAAAAUCAAGAAAGGUAUAGAAGCAGGAAGAUACACCUUGCAAUUCAAUGUGUAUGAUCAUCAACAUGGUCAAGUUGACAUAUUGGCUAAUGUCUCAGUUAUUGUGAAAGAUAUUUCCUAUAAUGUAAUUGCCAAUUCUGGUUCAAUCAGAAUAUUAGAUUUGUCAGAUGAAAACUUCAUCAGAAAAAUCUUCAACAAGACAGAUUUUGGCAACAAGAGUAAAGGAGAUUUACUUCAAGAAAAACUAGCUAAAAUCUUCAAAAUCAAGACUGAAAAUCUAUGCAUAUUUAGCAUAAAAUCAAGAUCUCAGCGAUAUAUUAUUACAGAUAUACAUUUUUCUAUUUGUGCUCCUGGUUCUUAUGUGUACCAACCUACAAGACUUAAUGGGAUUGUUCAGAUGCACUGGCAAGAGAUAGAGCGAGAGACUGGUAUCAGAAUGCUUAUGGUUGGCAUUAAUGAAUGUCUCCAGGAGAAUCAUAAAUGCAAAGAAAGUUGUUCAAAUGUUGUGAGAAUUGGUGAGUUGCCACACUUGGUAGAUGCCAACAGAACAGCUUUUGUUGGAAUUGAUAUGCAAGUUGUAGCAGAAUGUGGAUGUGAAGCACAAAAUUUUAAGAAACCUGAAACCUGUAUCUGUUAUAAUGGAGGCACAUGUAUCUGGAAAGGAAACAGCAUAAGCUGUUCCUGCCCACAUGGUUAUCAUGGCCCAAGAUGCCAAGAAACUACAAGAGCAUUCCAGGGAGAUGGAUGGGCAUGGUUCCCUCCCCUUAGUGUUUGUGACAAAUCACAUCUGAGUGUAGAAUUCAGAACAAGGAACCCAAAUGGUAUUUUAUUGUACAAUGGACCCAUUGCAGCAUCAAGCAAUGAACAGGCUCUCACAUCAGAUUUUAUAUCCUUGGAGAUAGAAGAAGGUUUACCAAAACUGUUAAUCAAUUUUGGUUCUGGUGUACUUACAAUGAAGAUAAAUAAAAGUCCACGAUUGGAUGAUGGACAGUACCAUCACAUAGAUAUCUUCUGGAACACAGAGAAUAUUCAUCUUGUAGUGGACUUCUGUAAAUCUGCUGUCAUGGAUGAUACUGAAGAUGGUACACCUGCAAGGUUCGAUGACAGCAGCUGCCAAGCCCAAAGAAAAAUUCCAUUUUUCAGUGAAUACUUGAAUGUCAAUUCGCCUCUUCAAAUUGGUGGCAUCUACGCUAGGCCAUUCCCAUUGGGAAAGUAUAAAUGGAAUUUGAUGCCCAACAUGACUGGGUUUUCUGGUUGCAUCAGAAACCUGUUUUACAAUGGCCAGCUGUAUGAUCUUUCUGAUCCGGCUUUGUCAGAAAACAGUAGAAGAGGCUGCCCAGUGACAGAGCAGCUAUGCUCCACUACUGAUUGUGGUGCCCAUGGUUCUUGCAAUGCUGACACUUCUGAUGUUCAUUGCACCUGUGAUUCUGGAUGGUCAGGACACAGCUGCCUUACACCAACUGUACCUACACGAUUUGGCUCUCACAGCUUUGUGAAGUUUUCAUUGUCAUUUGAACCGAACAAACUGCGGACACUAAUUCAGCUCAUGUUUCGAACAAGAGAAGCAAAUGGAGAGCUGUUUCGUGUUACAAAUCAGGACAGCAAGGAAUAUGCUAUACUUGGGAUUAAGAACCAUCAUCUACAAUUCUGCCACAAGAUCAUUGAUGGUUCCAAUACAGAGAGAGUAAUCAGCCUGGAUUCUGUUGCUGUGGAUGAUGGACAGUGGCAUACAGUUAAGGUUUCACAGUAUGGCUUUACAGCCAUUCUAAAACUUGAUGUCGGGGAAGGCCGAUAUUAUAAUGAAAGUGAUCAGUGGAAUUUUAUUAGUGUACAAAAUGAAUUAUACGCUGGUGGAUUUACAGAAACUGGAAGUAAAAAUUUGCUUCAAUUUUUUGGUGACUUCCAGAAUGCUAAUUCCCAUAUUGGACUAGACAAACUUUUGGCAGAACAGAGAGUACCAGUACAGCAUUUCAAAGCAUUUGGAUACAACAGAACAUGA